CAACUGGGCUAACCGGCAACCACAGUGUCAUGUCACUCUUAUGUAGAAAACUUCAAGUAAAGUCUAACUGAAUAAUAUUAUCUGAUUUCCACAUAAACCACGCACGCACUCACACGCAAAAAUCAACUUUUUCCCAAUUGGGGACAUGGCUUUUUGUCCCCAAAUGGACAAGCUGUCCCCAAUAACUGAUCCUUAGUCUGAAAUGUGUCCCAUAAGGUAGCCUAAAUCAGGAACACACACACACACACACACACAAAAACAUUUCCUGGAGACCUAACCUAGCCAUAACAUGCACCAUUAAUUGGUCUUUAGUCUGAAAUGUGUCCCAGAAGGUAGCCUAAAUCACGCGUGCACACACACACACACACACACACAACACACACACACACACACACACACAAGCACACAAACACAUUUCCUGGAGACCUACCCUAACCAUAACAAUCCAAAAAUCAACUUUUUUCCCAAUUGGGGACAUGGGUUUUUGUCCCCAAUUGGACAAGCUGUCCCCCAUUAACUGCUCUUUAGUCUGAAAUGUGUCCCAUAAGGUAGCCUAAAUCAGGAACACACACACACACACACACACACACAAACUCACAGACACUAAAACAACAACACAUUAGUGUGUUGUAGGACAGCCCCUUUAGCAGAUGCCUCUCUUUGUCACCUAAACUCUUGAGCUCAGUGAGCUGCAUUGAUCACUCCAGAGACGCUCGGGGCUUCCUUGUGUUCCUCAUUGUCCUCCUCUCACUGCGCUCCUGCAAAUCUGCACUGGUAAGAACAGAAUCUACGCACACUCAAGAGCACUUUUACGCACAAUUGAGAUCUGACAUGUUUGCGCAAAAUCAAACCCCAGCCAUGAGCUACGAUGAUUCAUAUCUGCUCUUCAAGGACCUAUUCGGUUACGGUGAAGCCAAUGACACGACUGACCCAAAUUAUGUGAUCACCGGAACUGUCCAGCUCUGUGCUAAGGAUAAAGUCAACAAGUUUGGUGCAGCAUUCAUCCCAAUGUUCUACUACUCCAACUUCAUCUUGAGUUUCCUUGGCAAUGGGCUCGUCCUCUUCAUCAUCUACAAGUAUGAGAAGCUCAGUACAGUGACAAACAUCUUCCUCCUGAAUUUGGUCCUCUCCAACCUUCUCUUUGCCUCCAGUCUCCCCUUCUGGGCGACGUACCAUCUGUCUGAGUGGAUUUUUGGCAUGGCUCUGUGUAAGCUGGUCAGCAGUGCCUACUUCAUCGGCUUUUACAGCUCCAUCCUCUUCCUCACGCUCAUGACAUUUGACCGAUACCUCGCGGUGGUGCAUGCAGUGGCAGCUGCUAAAAGCAGGAAGAAGGCGUAUGCCAUCGCUGCGUCAGUGGCAGUUUGGUGCAUCAGUAUUGUAGCGAGUGUGAAAGAGCUGGUUCUCCAAAAUGUGCGGCAGACUCCGUUAAAUGGAAUCGUAUGUGAGGAGUCAGGAUACGCUGAGAGCACUAUGGAGCACUGGCGUCUGGUCACUUAUUACCAACAAUUCCUGGUCUUCUUCAUUCUCCCGCUGUUCAUGGUGAUGUACUGCUACAUCAGCAUCACUGUCCGCAUCAUGUCCACCCGCAUGAAGGAGAAGUGCCGCGCCAUCAAGCUCAUAUUUAUUAUCAUCUUCACCUUCUUCGCCUGCUGGACGCCCUACAAUAUUGUCAUCCUCCUUCGAGCUAUUACCAUCUCCAAUGAGGGUGAAAAUUUGUGUUCUGACGCAGAGAGCUUGGACUAUGCCCUGUACGUGACCCGGAAUGUAGCCUAUUUGUAUUGUUGCAUUAGUCCUGUGUUUUACACAUUUGUGGGCAAGAAGUUCCAGAGCCACUUUAGAAGGCUGUUGGCCAAGAGGAUCCCCUGUCUGAAGAGACACAUGAGCCUCAGCAGCCAGAGCACCAGAACCACGUCACAGAGGACACCACACUCUGCUUAUGAGUACUAGACAGGCAUGCACGCACGCACGUACGCCGCGCGCACACACACACACACACACACACACACACACACACACACACACACACAUACACACACACACACACACACACACACACACACACA